GGCCGCAGUCGCAGUCCCCCCGCCCGCUGCCCGGGCCUGCCGGCAGGCUCUGCAGCUCCCGGCCCCGCUCGCUCGCAGCCCGGCCCGGCGGCGCGGCCCUCCCGCCGCCGCUUCCACUUCUGCGCACUGGGCGCGCCCCCCGGGCCGGCCGCGGCCAGGGGCGGGCGGGGGAGCCGCCGGUUGCGGUCCCGCAGGGAGCGGCUGUGGCGGGGCCGCCUCCCUCGCUCGCGGGGCAGGAUGGAGGCGGAGGGCCGGCUACCGGGGCCGCCGCUCCCAGCCGGCGGGGAAGGGCACGGGGUCGACUCGCAUCUCGCUGAGGGUGCCCUCGGCACGGCCCGGGGGCCGCUGCUCGCCGCCGCCGAGGUGCUGGCGCUGGACGAUGAGGAAGACGACCUGGAGGUGUUCAGCAAGGAUACGUCUCUGGCUGAGGUAAACUCAUUCAGUCCUUCAGUGCCAAUAUCCCCCUCAUCAAUGAUAAACCAGUAUAAAUUUGAAGAUGGGCCAGAAUUAAGAGAUCUCUUCAUUACAGUCGAUGAUCCUGAAAGCCACAUUACAGCCAUCGAAACAUUUAUUACAUACAGAGUAGUCACAAAGACAACCCGUGGUGAAUUUGACUCCAGUGAAUAUGAAGUCCGAAGACGGUAUCAGGAUUUCCUUUGGUUGAAGAGCAGACUUGAAGAAGCACAUCCAACACUGAUUAUUCCUCCAUUGCCGGAAAAAUUCAUAAUGAAGGGAAUGGUGGAACGAUUUAGUGAUGAAUUCAUUGAGACUCGAAGAAAAGCUUUACAUAAAUUUUUGAACCGGAUUGCUGAUCAUCCAACUUUAACUUUUAAUGAGGACUUCAAAAUUUUUCUUACUGCACAAGCCUGGGAACUCUCCUCACACAAGAAGCAGGGUCCUGGUUUGCUGAGCAGGAUGGGACAGACCGUCAGAGCUGUAGCAUCCUCAGUAAGAGGAGCAGUUAAAAAUCGCCCUGAAAUGUUUACAGAAAUGAACAAUUACAUGGAAACAUUUAGUCAGAAAAUAAACUUACUAGAUAAAAUAGCUCAUAGGAUUUACAAGGAAGAAAGGGACUAUUUUAAUGAAAUGAAGGAGUAUGGCCCCAUCCACACACUGUGGUCAGCAUCAGAAGAAGACAUAGCAGACUCCCUGAAGGGCAUUGCCAGCUGCAUCGACCGCUGCUGCAGGGCUACAGAGAAGCGAAUGGCAGGGCUCUCAGAGCACCUGCUGCCCGUUUUACAUGAAUACGUUCUCUACAGUGAAAUUCUCAUGGGUGUUUUGAAAAGGAGAGACCAAAUUCAAGGCGAGCUGGAUUCCAAAGUUGAUGCUUUAGCCAAUAAAAAGACAGAAAAGGAUCAGUUCUCAGAAGAGAUUGGGAAACUUGAAGACAAAGUUGAACGUGCCAAUAAUGCUCUGAAAGCAGAUUGGGACAGGUGGAAGCAGAACAUGCAGUGGGAUAUGAGAUCGACAUUCACUAAUGUGGCUGAGAAUAAUCUCCGUUAUUAUGAAGAGUGCCUUGCUACAUGGGAGUCCUUCCUGACAUCUCAAACAGUGGAUCUUCAUGUGGAUGAGGAUUCUGAAGACAGGCCUUGAGUAAUAUAUCUGCUUGAUCACUGCCUUUUCCAUGCAGUUAUUCCCAACCAAAGUGUUUUAUAUGAGAUCAGAUACAUUAUUAAACUUAAUUGUCAAAAUCAGUGAAAUGCAAGAAACCAGCUUAUUGAACACUCAGGUAUUCUAGCCCUGAAAUACAUUUUGAAACGUGCUAUAUAUUGCUUUAUAUUGCUUAGCUCUGAUUUUACAUAUUUUUAUGCAUUUGCAUACAAUUGUUUUCAUAAAUAUUGUGUAAUUUUGAUAUGAAGUAUUUUAAAUAUGUAAAAAUAGCUCCAUUUUAAUAAAAAGUUGAAUAAGGAAAAUUUGU